GAGGGAGGACAAGGAAAUCUCGCCGACGGCGAGUGGCGCGCAUUACGUCGUUGUCGUUCGAGUGCCGCCGCUAGUACUAUACUAUACUGCGUUUUCGCUUCAUCGUUCGUUGCGACUGCGUGCCGAAAUAUUAAACAGAGAGAGAACAAACGAAGAGGGAGAGAGAGAGAGAGAGAGAUCGACCGACGAUCGUCGAAGAAUGGUGGGGGUGGCCACGAAGGAAAGAGUUAAAAGGAUUUAUUAGUGCGUCGUCGUGCGUGUGUUUCUCUAUUUGAAAGAAUUUUCAAUCAAAGAAAACAAGAAAGAGGGAGAGAAUUAACGUGUCUACGAUUUGGGUGCACAACCGAAGAAUUAAAAAAAAGUAAAAGCAAAGCACCGAUUUGACUUGUGUCGCGAGUUGUUUAUUCGAUUUUCAUUUAUCGAAAUAUUACGGAAAGUGUGUUAACCUCGUGUUGAAGUUGUUAUUAUCCGAUAGUAAUAAAUAAUACGCGAGAUGAACGAAAUGUGUUCGAGGUCCACGCUGCUUUUCGAAAGUGGUGGUGGUUUCGUUUGAAAUAAUAAUAAAGAAAUAGAAAAGUAAACAAGAAGAAGAAGAAGAAGAAGAAGAAGAAGAAGGAGAAGUACACAAGGGAAAAAAAACUAAUAUAUACAUAUAAGGAGAAUGUGCCGUGAAAUUUUAUUCAACGAUUACGAUCGGUUGCUAUGAUCGAGCCGCGUAAGAUUCACGUGAAACGAUCAUGGUUUACCUGAGGCUGCACGUCGGGAGGAGUCUACGAUCGAACGCAAACACGAGAUAUCUCAACUUCCUGAUCGUCCCGCUCUUCCCGCUCUGGAUUAUCGGCGCGUUUUGCGUAAAAGACUUACCCAUAUCGCACAUCGUGGCACUGGUCGGAGAUCCCACCUAUCUUCCCUGCGACAUAUCAACUACCCACGAAGGAGAUUCGGUACAUCUUGUGCUUUGGUAUCGCGAGGAUCUUGGUGCACCAGUUUACAGCGUCGACGCCAGAAAUCGAAACUUUGGCAGAGUCGAGAAAUGGUCGGACGACACGGAAUUUUCUGGUCGAGCUUACUUCAUGCCAGAUCAAAAACCAGCCAUGUUGGGUGUGGAUCACAUAAGGGAAGAAGACGCUGGCAUUUAUCGAUGCCGAGUCGAUUUCCAGAUCGGCCAAACUCGAAACUACAAAGUCAAUUUAACGGUGAUAGUUCCACCUCUCAAAAUCGUGAUCUCCGACGAAAGAGGCAUAGCACGGGACCAAAUGACAGGACCAUACUUACAAGGCGAUACCCUAAUACUUUACUGUGACGUUUAUGGCGGCAAACCGCCGCCCACUUUGACCUGGUACCGUAACAACAAUUUCAUGAAUAACAAAACUAUGAAUGUACGAAACGGCGUGACGCGCAGUGAAAUCGUAAUAAAAAAUUUGGAACGAGACGACGUUCUCUCGCAGCUGACCUGCAACGCGACGAAUAAUAACGGAUCGUUCACGCUGUCCUCGACCAUUCUACUGGAUAUGAAUUUCAGUCCUUUGGAAGUAAAAAUAAAGGACGCCAACCAGCCGUUAUCGGCCGGCAAAAGGUACGAGCUCGUCUGCAGGACUUCCGGUUCGCGACCACCGGCGACUAUGACCUGGUGGAGAAACGGUCAACGUUUAGUGGAUUCCGAGGAAACGACUUCGAGCGAUGGGAACACGACCACCAGCGUCUUAUCUUUUAUGGCAACCAAAGCAGAUGCCGGUAGACACUUGUCAUGCCGAGCUGAAAAUUCGAUCAUAGGAAAAGCACCGAUAGAAGACGACUGGAUACUAGAGAUACAAUAUACACCGGAAACGAAAAUACAAUUGGGUACAUCAUUGAAUCCUAGCACGAUUCGAGAAGGCACGGACGUUUACUUUGAUUGUUUGAUACAAGCCGAGCCGCCGGUUACCAAAGUUGAGUGGCGUCAUCAGGGAAAACCACUUUAUCACAACGCCAUGCAAGGUAUCAUAAUCAGUAACCAAAGUUUGGUACUCCAAGGAGUCGACCGUAAGAGUGCUGGUAAUUACACUUGCGUUGGUUACAACGUCGAGGGUGACGGCGAGAGCUCACCUUUCUAUUUGAACGUCAUGUUCGCGCCAACUUGCAAGCCGAACCAAACGAAAUUUCACGGUGUUGCUAAACAAGAAAAGGCGAACAUAUCCUGCCAAGUGGAAGCAAAUCCUACGGAAGUGCAGUUCCGGUGGACGUUCAACAAUUCUGCAGAGAGUAUCGACGUUGCCGCUGGCCAUAUCGCCAGAGCAGGCACAUCCUCGAUCGUUUCGUACACACCGAUGACGGAAUUAGAUUACGGAACGUUGCUAUGUUGGGCUACGAAUCGUAUAGGGCAUCAACAAGUGCCUUGCGUCUAUCACAUUAUACCCGCCGGUCGUCCGGAUAUGGUGCACAAUUGUACCACCUCUAACACAUCGACCAACUCGUUUUCGGUGCGAUGCACCGAGGGUUUCAACGGUGGCUUACCGCAAUCCUUUCUUCUCGAGGUGAGGGAGAGCAACAGCCAGGAAUUGCGUGCAAAUUUAACAUCCACGGUGCCGCGUUUCAGCGUCGCUCAACUCGAGUCCGGUGCUCUUUAUCAGGCGUGCAUUUACGCGUACAACGAUAAAGGGCGCAGCGAAGCGAUGGUCGUGCAAGCGGGAACGUUGAGGCUACCUGAAAAACAAUUAACAUCCGAGUCAGAAAGGCCACGUCAAAAUGUAAGAUUAACACCGAUGCUGAGCGUCAUGAUAGGCGUUGUAACGGCAUUGGUAAUCGUCGCGAUAAUAGUUAUGAUCGUUUUGAGGAUCCAACAUACGAAUGUCGAGGAACGUGGUAAAUCGCAAAUGGAAGAGCACGGGAAGCAAAGCAAACCUGCGCCGAUACAACGGGAAUUGAGGUUCCGCGAAGGUAGUAGUCUUCUUGCCGAUGAAAAACAUCCAGGUAGUCCGUUCAGGAAAUUGGAUACCAGCGGUGAUUUAAGCGAAAGCGACGAGAAAAAUCCGGACAUCAUACCGCAACAAAUCACCGGCGACGAGCCCUCGGAAUAUUUAAGAAAAAGACGAUUGGUAUCGACGAUCGAAACUUCCCCAUCGAGAAGUCUCUUGGAACACUCGACCUUAACUUCGUUAACGAGCCACGCCAGUUACGUUGGUUACUGCACCAUUCGCAAUGGGAUGCCCCUGCACGAGUUUUCAAAUUUAUCUACCAAACAUAAAAGCUUCCAGCCAAUUAUCGGAAGCGUGUACGACGAUGGGGUAUGCACUUUACCGAGACAACAUUGGCCGACUCAGAGUGUCCAAUCGAUGACGAUGAGUCCACCGAUGCUCUACUCAGGUUUAGGGGUAGUCGGUAGGACCUGUCCGAGUACAUGCACACUUUUAUCCAAGGACAUCGAAACGAGAGCUCCUGCACAAUGUUGCGUCCAAUCGCAAAAAGAAACGACCGUAACUACGCCCAUUGUCAUGGCCAAGAGAGAAAGUUCGGUGUGACGUUGCAAUUAAUGCACUGUAGGGAAACUACUACACCGAGAUAUAUUAGAAAAGAAUAAAAUUUAUUGUUGAUUAUCUUAUCGCUUGCGAAAGAAAUACGAAAGAAAGAAUGAAAGAGAGAGAAAGAGAGAGAAAGAGAGAGAGAGAGAGAGAGAUUGAGUGAGAGAGAGAAAGGAAAAGUGCAUGAUGUGACGCACGUCGUAUGAGUUCAAAAUACGAGUCCCCUCCCCCCCACCCUUUUACUUUAAAACGGAAUUUAUUUUCUACCCCUUCUUAAAUGACAUCACCAUUUUAAUGACCUAUGUUUGAAUCAAGUGCCCUUUUUAUAUUAAAGGAAGACUUUGAAACUGAUAACUGCGUCGAUAGAUGUGUGUACGUUACUCGAGAUAAAAGAAAAGAGAGAAAGAGAGAACAAGUAUUGCAUGUAUGAACGAACGCGUGGUGAAAUUUAGCGUAUGAAUGUUCUACACAUAUAUAUAUAUAUACGUGUGUGUGUAGUAGUAUGUGCCUGCGUGUGUGUGUACAUAUAUAAAUAUACAUAUGUACAGUUCGAUGAAGAAAAGUGUAUAUAUAUACAGACACACGCACGUGCCCCAUAAAUGGAAAAAAGAAGGGAAAAAAAUAAAUAAUAAAUACACUCGAAUAAUAAUUAUACGAAAAGAAAAAAAAAGAAAGAAGAAUUAAAACACAUACACAGAGCGUCGCGUAAUUUACGUAAUGUACAUACCUUUAAAACAUGGAAGAUAUUUUAUACAAAUCAAUAGUACAUAAAGUUUAUCCAACUUUUAUUACGGUACACUGUACAAUUCGUCUAGUCGAUGUAAGUAAACAAAAUGAAUACGUAGACGCAAUUAAAAAAAAAAGAAAAGAAAAAAUUCAAUCGUGCAACCAGAAUAACUUAUACUUAGAAAAAAAAAAAAGAAAAAGGGUCACUCGUUGUUAAAUGCGAUAUUGUGAAAAAAUCGUUGAGAACAAACGCGACGCGAGUGAAAAUGGUCAAAGUUAAAGAAGUAGACUGGGUUGGAAAAGGGGGAUCGAAUGCGAGGAAACGCGAUAGAAACAUAUCGUUUGGUUUUUCCACCAGGAAAACCGAACAAAACGUUUGAAGAACGAGUUUAAAGUGAGUUAACACAUUCGCGAAAAGAAAAAAAAAAAAGAAAGAGAACGAACCGUGCAAAAUUAUAAAAGUAAAUCCCCUGGUUUCUUUCGGUCUACAAUAUUCUGGAUUUUAUUGUAACGUUAACUAACUGUAUAAUAAUGUCUUGAAAAAAAGAAAAUAACAUUUCUUUCCCUUUGCGAUUAAUCGUACUAACGACGCAAAUAUGAACGUUGUUUUUAAAGAGAGGAGAAAAAAAUAAAAUAAGAACAAAAAAUAAUUAUAAUAAGAAAAAGAAAAUGAAUCUUUAUCUUUAAAACUCUUAGAUGAAUGCCGAUUUACUUAAAUGGAUUACACCACCUUGGUGCUCUAUGGAAAAUUACCAUAAAAAGAAAAUUGUUUUAUCAAAGUAAAUUUCUAUUUUUUAAAUAAUAGUAUAAAGAAGAUGUGAUGUGUAAAUUUCAUUGAAAUCGGUUGAACGGUUUUCACAAAGCUUCUCACAAAACAAUUUAUAUUUUUGUCAUUUUUUAAUACGUUGUAAUAAUUUAUAUGUAAAGAUAUUCAUAUUAAUGCAUUUAGUUGUAAUAUAAAAAGAAAAAAAAAAAUUGUUAAUACUUGAAAUUCGGGUGAAAAAAUGUUCUUUUCAUGUUAGUUCGCCCUAGAGAAGCAAAUUGGUGUAACCCUUUAAGUCUUAAGUUAAGUCUGUCUCACUCGUGGUACGUAAUUGCGAUAGUCCUACAAAUUACUGCCUGUUUCGAAGCUUAAGAAAAUCUUGUUGGAAAUCUAAUGUAUCAUCGGAGGUCAUUUCCUGUUGCCUCUCCCUUGUACUAUACCUGAACGUAUCGUUAAUCGUUAUAAGAAUAAAUGCCCUUUGUAAACCCUUGCGAAUAAAUUUCCUGCGUUUUGAAAAACAAAAAAAAAAAAAAAAAAA